CAGAAUAAUCUGUUUUUGAAAGGCGAUAUUGAGAAAAAGUGCAUAAGUAUAUAUUAUUUAUGUUUUUCUUGUUUAAGGGAAACACUAAGUCGCCCUUUCAUGCAAUAACAACAGAGCUAAAGUUAGGCGGAAUAAUUAUUCUUAGUUCCUGUUGAAGUCGGUGGUAUUAGUUGAUCGUACCGAUGACGGACCCAUCACGGAAAUGAAGCCGACUUUCAACAUUAUUCAUUCUAACGGCUUUUAAAAGAGACAACAACUCAUACGUUCGACUAACAUUGGUGGGACUCCUACUGUGUUAUCGUUUUAUAACUUCCCUCCGAUUCCACGCCACACGUCGGUAACUGUCCCCUUAGCAACAAAACAAUCUAUGGCUUCCAGGUCGCCGUCGUCCUCUCCGGACACUGCGACGGGUUCAGGUACCGACCCGGCCCGGCCAGACACUGGGGAGCCACUCGGUGGAGCGGGCUCGGAUUCGGACUCGGACUUGGGUUUGGGUAAAUUUGAUUACGGUGCCAUGGAGGCGGGGGACCGCCUGGAGGGUGAUGAACUGGUGCAGGAGUUCGAGUCUGCCGCCGACCGUGUUGGAGGUCUAGUCCAAACGGCCAGGAGAGACCAGCUACUGUACCUGUAUGCACGGUACAAACAGGUCAAAGUGGGAAAAUGCAAUACCCAAAAGCCAGGCUUCUUCGACUUUGAAGGACAGAGGAAAUGGCAAGCCUGGAAGCAGCUUGGGGACAUGGAGGCAGAGCAGGCAAUGCAAGAAUACAUUUCUUGUGUCAACGUGUUAGACCCUGAAGGGAGCCAGAAGGAGAGCCGAGGAACAGAGAGGAGAACGGGCUUUGGCGGCGCAGCGGUCAGCUCUUUGUAUCAAGAGGAGACGAUCCGAGAAGAGGACAAGAACAUCUUUGAUUACUGUAGAGAAAACAACAUCGAGCACAUCAGCAAGGCCAUCAGCUCCCAGAAAGUGGACAUCAACCUCAAAGACGACGAGGGGCGUGCGCUCCUGCACUGGGCUUGCGACAGAGGCCACAAAGAACUGGUUUCAUUUCUCCUGCAGCACAAAGCCGAUAUCAACAGCCAGGAUAAUGAAGGACAGACGGCGCUACAUUAUGCAUCAGCGUGUGAAUUUGGUGACAUCGUGGAGCUCCUGCUGAGCGCUGGUGCCGACCCAUCCAUCAAAGACAUGGAGGGCUCGCUCCCCGAGGAGGUCACAGAGUCUGGCGCCAUCUCUUCAUUCCUGCGCCAGUACACCGUUCCUAAAGGCUAGAGCAGCCAUGCCGUGCUGCCCCUCAACUCCAGAACCCUGUCCCAUAUGUUGUUGUCUCAUCAUCCCAGACUUCCCAGCAUCCCUCACUCCCCUGGAGAAAGACUCUACAACCUUAGCAGCUUGUGUUUUCAUUUCUUUUUUUGCUCCUUAACAACUGAAUUUGGUUGGCUUUGCCAUGUUUCUCCUUCAUUUGAAAUAAUGUAUUUUUGACCUACUUCACCAAUUAGGGUUGGCCGACAUGGCUCUGGAUCCAAUAAGUUCAUUUGUCAACAGCACUGUCUAGUAUGUAAAUAAUUUGAUGAUGCAAAAGACAGUCUAUUUUAUCUUCAACAAGCACUAUAGAAAUUUUUUACCACUGCUUCAGGUUGAUGAUUCAUUAGUGUUUCAUUCCAAAGAAUACUUAGUCUUUCAUUUCUCAACAUUAAAUUCUUAAAAAUGAUUUUACUCUCAUUUAUCUUCACUGCAAAUAAUUCAGCCCAGAUUUUUUUUUUUCAGUUCAUGACCCAAAUUGGUUUGAGUUUGGCUUCUCAUUUUCUUUGCAUGACUCAGUCUUGGAAAAUUACAUAGUGUGUCACUAUAAUAAUAAACAGACGAGUAAACUAGGGAAGUAAAAAAUAAACAACUGAGAUAAUGUAGUUGCGCAACUGUCCACACCCACUUAUGACAAAAUGUGGCUGUGUUCAGAAAUAACCAAUCAUAUUCAAACUCAUGUUAAAUUGGACUCGGCACACACCUGCCACCAUUUAAAGUGCCUCUGUUUAACCCCAAAUAAAGUUCAGAUCUUCUAGUAGGCUUUUCCUGACAGUUUUUGCUUUGCAGCAGAAGCAUGAUGGUUUUGUUAACACUGGCUGGUAUUUGAGUGUUCAUAAUUCCCUCCACCUUGAUUAAGGCCGGAGUUACAGCUGGAUUAAAACAGCCCCAAAACAUCAGGCUGCAAUCACCAUGCUUUACUCCUUGUGGUGAUGAACAGUGUUGUAUUAGUACCAAACAUACCUUUUUGAAUUAUGGCCAAAAAGUUCAACCUUGGUUUCUUCGCACCAUAACAAAUUUCAGACCUGUUUGAUGACAAGUGUUUUUUGCAAAACGUAGCUGGGCUUGGAUGUUUUUCAGAAGAUUAGCCUUCCGUCUUGCCAUUCUACCACAUAGCCCAGGAAUAUGAAGAAGACUGGAGAUUGCUGUCACGUACUAACCAGUCAGAACUUGGCAGAAAUUCCUACAUCUCCUGCAUUGUAGCUAGUCUGCCUCUCGGCAGCCUCACCGACCAGUUUCCUUCUUGUCCUUUUGUUGGUAAUAUCAAUAGGUUCAUGGUAAUAUAAUUUAAUACUUUGCAAGUUCUUUUGUACCCUUCUCUUUCAACUGACACCUUUGGACAAUGCGAUCCCUCUGAUGCUGUGGAAGCUUAGUAUGGAACAUGAUUUGUGCUAUGAGAUGUGACUACAAAAGUGUCAGGAAAAGCCUACUAAAACAGCUUAACUUUAUUUGGGGUGAAACAGGGCCACUUCGAAUGCUAGCAGGUGUGUGCUGACUCCCAUUUAACAUGAAUUUGAAUGUGAUUAGCUAAUUCUCAACACAGCUGCAUCCCCUGUUAUAAGAUUGUGUGCACACUUGUGCAACCACAUUAUUUCAGUUAUUAUUACUUCCGUUCUCGAAAAGAUGAAAAACAAGUUUCAAUUGAGUUGUACAGCUUAUAGGUCACAUCAAUGAUAUAAAGAAUUUAGAAAAGA